UCGAACAAGACAUGGCAAGAUCAGGUGUGAAUCCACUCCAACGGACGACCGCCUAUUUGUGCGAGGUUCCAAUCAGGAUCUGAAAGAAGAAUUCGGGUGCUUCCCAAGCCUAAAGACGAGCAGCGGUAAUGGGGGACGUGAACGGGAGCUGCCCGAAUCCCAAGCAGUGGACGGACCAUCUCUAUGUGGCCGUGUUCAGCUUCAUCUUCCUGCUCGGCCUGCUGUUCAACAGCCUGGCUCUGGUCUUCUUCUUCCAUUUCACGAAGAUCCGCUCGCAGACCACCGUCUACAUGAAGAACCUGGCGUGCGCUGACCUGCUGCUGGUGGCGUCGCUGCCCGUGCGCAUCCUGUACUACGUGGACCGGCGGACCCUGCCCCCACUCCUGUGUGAGCUGACCGGGCUGGUCUUUCUGGUGAACAUGUACGGCAGCAUCUUCUUCCUCACCUGCAUCAGCCUGGACCGCUGCGUGGCCAUCUGCUUCCCCAUGAAGUCACGGGUGAACUCGUUGCGCGGCCAGGCCAAGUGGAUCAGCGCCGGGGUCUGGCUCUUGGUGGUGGGUGCCAGCAUCCCACCCUACCUGCUGAUCCGAAAGCCCAGCAACGCCACUGACGAGUGCCAGCUCUGCUUCCACCAGAAGCCCAGCUACGUCACCAACCCAGCCACAGUGGUGCCCACCCUCCUGGUCGGCUACGGCAUCCCGCUGUCCACCAUCUUGGUCUGCUCUCUGGCCCUCCUGAGAGGGGUCCGCCGCAGCUCUGCCGCCCGCAUGGAGUACGUGGACUGGCGCAAGAUCCGCAACAUGGUGGCAGCCAACGUUAUCAUCUUUGUGAUCUGCUUCCUGCCGUACCACACGGUGCUCCUGCUCUACGUGGCCGCGCCCGGCCAGGAGAGGGCACUGGGGGCCUCCUACCGCGCCACCAUUUCCGUGGCCUGCCUCAACGCCAUCUUCGACCCCCUGGCCUAUUACUUCGCCACGGAAACCUUCCAGAAGAGCGUGGGCAUGAAGGCCUUGAGGAACGCGCUGACGUCCAACACGGACAGCGCCGACUGCAACAACCGCUCACUGUCGCCCCCGCGGGCGAAGCCGGUCGCUGGCACCCGGAAAGGAAGGACUUGAGAGACAGGAGAUAACCUGGGAAAGGGCG